UUCUCUCUCGCCGGAAUAUUCCCUCUCUACUUCGUCUCCUCACCGUUCGCCACCGUCACAUUUUCACCGUUUUCGAUUAGGGUUAAGUAAGAUGCCAGACGUGCAAUCGAUGGUGCUGGAGUUUGUUAACAAGCUCAGGAAACGUAAGAUUGAGGGAUCUCAAGCUACAGCUAGAUGCACCGUGGAGCUGCUUAGGUCGGUGAUCUCUCAUCAUCGGGUGCCUCACGCGAACCAAGCUUCAGCUCUUAUUGAUGCUGUGAAAGCCGUUGGUGCGCAACUGGUCGCUGCAAACCCUGUUGAGCUUGCGGUGGGGAAUGUAGUGAGGCGGGUUUUGCAUAUAAUAAGGGAGGAGGAUCUGUCUCUUGCUACAGCAGCUGUGGCGGGGUUUGAUUUGUUGGAUGCGAGUGAUGACGAUGAAGAUGUUAAUGGGAAAGGGAUUGGGUAUCCUGGGAUGUCUGCGGCUGUUGUUGCAGCUGCUGCUAGGAGUACGUUGCGUCCUCCUUCUUUGCAAACGCUUCUUGAGGGAACUCCUGAAUCUGCGACUGUCCCUUACACUUCUUCAUCUGGUGCUGAUUCCGAAAGCAAAAGUAAAUCUGCGGACAAAAGUUCAGUAACUAGGAAGCUGAAGCAUGAUGUUAUAGAAGGAGUCAAUCAACUUAUUCACGAGAUUGCUGGUUGUCAUGAGCAGAUCGCUGAGCAAGCUAUAGAGCAUAUACAUCAAAAUGAGGUGAUUCUAACCUUGGGUAGCUCAAGAACAGUACUCGAGUUUCUGUGUGCUGCAAAGGAGAAGAAAAGAUCAUUUCGUGUAUUUGUCGCCGAAGGUGCUCCAAGGUAUCAGGGCCAUCUAUUAGCAAAAGAAUUGGUAGCUAGAGGUUUGCAGACCACUGUGAUCACUGACUCUGCAGUGUUUGCUAUGAUAUCUCGAGUGAAUAUGGUUAUAAUUGGAGCUCACGCAGUGAUGGCUAAUGGUGGGGUUAUAGGACCUGUUGGAGUCAACAUGGCUGCUUUGGCAGCAAAAAAGCACGCAGUCCCAUUUGUGGUUCUAGCCGGUAGUCACAAGCUAUGUCCACUGUAUCCUCACAAUCCGGAGGUAUUACUAAACGAGCUGAGAUCUCCUUCUGAACUGUUGGAUUUUGGCGAAUUCUCUGAUUGCCUGGAUUUUGGAUCCGGUUCCGGGUCUCCCCUUGUUCAAGUAGUCAACCCAACAUUCGAUUACGUCCCACCAAGCCUCGUCAGUCUCUUUAUAACCGACACGGGAGGACACAACCCAUCUUACAUGUACCGUCUUAUUGCGGACUACUACUCGGCUGAUGAUUUGGUGAUGUAGCAGCAAUAAAGAACUAGUUUUUGGUCAUUUGACCACACAACACUCACUUGGUUGGGGUCAUUCACGAAGUGGAAGAUACACAUGUACAUUACACAAAACAAUUGCUCAGUGGUAGUGAAUGAGAAAGAGAAACUAUCUUUCGCGUCUGUGAAAUUGGUCUGGCCCAAGUGUAUUUUUUGCCGUGUUCUCUACUUCUGCUCAGUCUCAAAACUCUCAAAUGGUGUUUAUUGUUUACUUGACAAACUUUUCGUCAACACCAAAAAACACUUUCUUUCAUUGUCUUCUGUAUUCUUGCCAAUUACGAGUAGAAUUAAUCGUUAAACUGA